AUGGUUAGAAGUAUGGAAGCCAUAGGUUUACUCAGUACCCUGAAAUGUUAUCUCUACGCAACAGUUGUUAGUUCAUUUAGACUCAAUUCAGUAGUUGACUCAACGAGCACAAAUUUAGUGGGCAAAUUCACGCAGAGCGUUCGCCGGAUCGUCCAAGAUGUCAAAGAUGAGGGCACUGCCAGUGGUCAGACCAAAGAAGAGGUGAUCGAGACAAACGAAAGGCUGCGUACGGUGCGCGUGCGCCUAGACGAGAACUACGACACCGCGAAGAAAUCCCUGGUCACCCUGAUGGCCAGGUACAGCGAGUCCAAGGCUCAGCGGAACGUGUUCACCAGGUAUCCGAUGCUGAAGGCCAUGAUCAAGGAUGUGAUCCGUUUGGAAACACAAUAUUGGUCACUAGUAGAGAUACCUCGUCAAGAGAAGGCGGAGACAGUUCCAGCAUUCGUACUUCGAGCCUGCGCCAUAAUGGAGAAGACGCAAAAGUCUGGCGAGGGAGUAAAGACCUCCUCGAAGUUGGCUGAGGAGGCGGCCGAUCGGAGGGAGCGAAUAGAAAGACUGAACGACAUGACAACGUCCCAGAUAGAAGCUGAGAAUACACAGAUGACAAACGACUUGUACCGGCUUCUGAAGAAAUAUACCGGCCUGAGAAACCUCAUCAGGGAAUUGAAGUCCGAGUACGUCAGCUCCAAAGUAUACCCCAUGUUCCCCCGGUACACCAUGCUGAAGGACAUGAUCAAGGACAUCAUGCAUGACCCUGACUACAUGGAGGUCUGCCAUGAGGUGGAUCCAUAG